AUGAGACCCCUUAUAAAUAUCUAUGUCUUUGCUUGUGUCUUUACAUUCACACUAUGGAAUAAUAUCCAGCCAACUGUGGAAAAUGAAUUUAUUGCAAAUUAUUCAAGCAGUUUGCUAACUAAUGUUCCAAAAAACAUUCCAGUCCAUACUCAUGUAUUAGAUUUAUCACAUAAUAGGAUCUCUGGACUUAGUAUCUCAGAAUUUAUUUCUCUUUCUGACCUUCAAGUAUUAAAUCUUUCUCAUAAUCUAAUUACGGAGCUUGACUUUAGUGUCUUCAUUUUUAAUGAAGAUUUAGAAUACUUAGAUUUAUCACAUAAUAACAUUUUGAAAGUUUACUGUCAAACUCUUGCAUAUCUUAGACAUUUAGAUCUUUCUUUCAAUAAGUUUACUGCCCUGCCCAUCUGUCAGGAAUUCAGGAGCAUGUUUGAUUUGGAGUACCUAGGAUUAAGUGCCACGAUGAUACGAAGGUCGGACUUCAGGUAUAUCAUGCAUUUGGAGCUGCACACUGUCUUCCUAACCCUAGAAGACUUUUCUCUGUAUGAGCCUCAAAGUCUGAGCCUCCACAUUAUUUUUGCAGCAACUCAAAACUUCAGUUUUUCCCUCUUGUAUGAUGGAAUGAGCACUGCAGAAAACUUAAAAAUAGUUAAUUUAUUAUAUACGUUGAGCUACAAAGAUUUUCCCUCUCCUUCUUUAACGCUUCUGAAGAAAAUCAAGACAACAACACUGAUGCUUGACACCGUGGACUUGCAAUGGGCUAUCAUUUUGCAAAUUUUCCUGCUUAUUUGGUAUUCACCUGUGGAACAUUUGACUGUGAGAAACUUGACUUUUCGGGGACCACUGGGCGAGUUGACUGAAUAUGAAUUUCUACCUUUAUUAAGCUCUGUGGAACAAUUAAUCUCUUUGGGUGGGUCCAUGAAAGUGCUAACUAUGGAGCAUGUUCGUAAUAAGGUUUAUUAUUUCAACCAGGAGAUUCUAUACAGACAGUUUGCAGAGAUGAAUAUUGCCAGUUUGACAAUAUAUGAUGCAUAUAUGCCACACAUGCUUUGCCCCAACAGAACAAGCUCAUUUCAGUAUUUAAAUUUUUCUCACAAUGCCCUGACGGAUGAAUUGUUUCAGAAUUGUGGCACUCUGACAGAUCUGAAAUUACUUAUUUUGCAGAGGAAUAAAUUUGAGAGCCUUCCCAAGAUAAGCUUCAUGACCAGCCGUAUGAAA